AUGCAGAAAGUGGUAUCCUCCGAUAAAGAGAUAGGAGAGAAGGAUGCAGAGAAUGAUAUUCCCCAAAAAAGAGAAGAAGAAGGAAUGAUAGUGAUAUCCCUCGAAGAAGAGGAGGAAGAGAAGGAUGCAGAGGUAUAUUUACACCCUCCUAACACAGACAAAGAUUACUACACACUCCUCGGCGUGAGCCGCGGCGCCACGCCCGAGGAAAUCAGGAAAGCGUACCGGCGGCUCGCCCUCCUCCACCACCCGGACAAGAACCCGGCCAGCGUGCGGGAAGCGACGGUCAAGUUACAGCGCAUCCAGGCCGCCGUGGAGACGCUCUGCGACCCCAAGAAGAAAAACGCGUACGACAGAGAGUGCCGCCAGCGAGAGAAUAAGAGGAAGAGGGACGACAGCUGCAGGAAGAGGGAGCACAAGAGAAGGAGGGAAGAAGGGCAGCACGAACGUAGCCAUUACAGAGAACGAGGGAAUAACAUGAGGAGAAGGAAGCAGGAAGAGGAGAUGCGGAAGAGGAAUCAGAAGAGGCAGCGACGGCAUGUCUACAGUUCUGAUGUGGACGAGGAAGAAGAUUUACAAGACGACGUUCAUGAGGAAGAGCACAGCGAAUGUACGGAAGAGAGUUCUGACGAAGAAGAGGAACGUGUGUAUGGGGCGUACGAACACGACCCAGAUUACGAAACGGAGACGGAUGAAGACUCCGCUUCCUGCAGUGACUACGAGUCCGAGGAAUCGUCCGAGCUGGAGACUCCGUCCGAGGAAGAGUCUGAGCCAGAGUCUUCCCAAGAGCAGGACUCCGAAUACGAACCCGAGUCCGAGGCAGCGAGCGAGUCAGACAUAGAGGACGAGAGCGACGCCUCCUCCGAGCAAGACGAGGAGGAAAAACAGGAAGAGGCGGAACUUGAGGAGGAACAGUCUGAAAGCAAAGAGGCUAAUGAAGAAGAGCGGCACCAACACAGGCAUGGAAAGAGGAAGACACAGGAGGAGGAUGAAGAAUUUAAGCAACGGGCAAAGAAAAUGAGAGGAGAGAGAGAAGAGUCCAAAAACGAAGAAAAUAAUGAAGGGCUGCACGGAGAGAGUCAUAACAAAAGAAAGAGAGAGAAAGAUGAUGAUGGGGAAGAAUGUACACAACGUGGAAAGAAAAUGAGGGGAGACAGAAAAGAAUGUGAACACGAAGAAAAUUAUGAAGAAUAGAGGCACGGGAAGAGACAUGGCAAAAGAAAGAGAGAAGAAGAGGAUGGACAAGAGUUUACACAACGCGGAGAGAAAACAAAAGAAUACAGAGAAGACUCGGAAGACGAAAAAAGGGAUGAAGAAUUGGAAGAGGAGGACAGUGAUGAAACAUAUGAAGAGAAAGAUCAGGAGGGCGAUAACGAAGAGGAAAAAAAGAAAAAAAAAGUCAGAACAUGAGGUGGAGGAAGAAGAAUCCGAAAUAGAAGAAGUAGAAUACGAAGAAGAGGAGAAAGACUCAUUAUGCGAAGAGGAGGAAGAACCACAGAGGGAGAAUGGGGAAUGAGAAGAGGAGGCAGAAGAGGCGUCAGACGCUGAGGCGAAGGCGACAACAAACUGCGAGAUAGAAGAAGAGGAGAAACAAACCAGAGCAGAGAGGAUGAAGGGACUGGAGCCGGUAAGAAGAGCAGGCGAGGCUGAGCAGAGACACGCGAGCAAGAAAGGCAACUACGAGCCAGAGUUAGACACGGAGGCCAAGAGCGACGCGUCCUUUAAAGACUAGGAUGAGAAACAGAGGAAGACGACAGUGACACGUCUCCCGCAGAGGAGGAGGAAGAGAGACACAUCCCUUGAAGAAGACAGGGAAGUGAAGUGUACAGAAAGUGAUAAUUAACCAGGAGAAAGGGGAAAGAGAUGAUUGCAAAGUGAAGAGCAAGAGAAAGAGAGGGAUGUAGAGAGUGAUAUCCCACGUAAAAGAGAAGCAAGAAAUGGAUGUAGAGACUAAUAUUUUUCGAAAAAAAAAAAUUAAGAGAAGGAUGCAGAGAGUGAUCCUUCUCGAAUAAGAGGAGGACGACAAAUGAUGCAGAGAGUGAUAUCAAUUCCAAGAGGAGCUGGAAAAUGCAGAGCUAUAUCCUCCGAAAAAGAGGAGAAAGAGAAGGAUGCAGAGUAGUAUCCUCCGAAAAAGAGGAGUAAGAGAAGGAUGCAUUGAGUGAUAUUCCCUGAAGAAGAGGAGGAGAAGAAGGAUGGAGAGGUUGUCAUCCUUCCAAGAAGAGGAGGAAGAGAAAGAUGCAGAGAAUGAUAUUCCCCGAAGAAGAGGAGGAGAAGAAGGAUGGAGAGAGUGUUAUCCCUCGAAGAAGAGGAGGAAGAGAAGGAUGCAGAGAGUGAUAUUCCCCAAAGAAGAGGAGGAGAAGGAUGAAGAGAGUGUUAUCCUUCCAAGAAGAAGAGGAAGAGAAAGAUGCAGAGAGUGAUAUCAUUGAAAGAGGAGAAGGAAAACAAGGAUGCAGACAGAUGAAAAGGAAGAGAAGUAUGCAGAGUGAAGAAGAAGAAGAAGAAAAAGAGAAGGAUGCAGAGUGAAGAAAAAGAGGAAGAGAAGGAUGCAUUGAAUGAUAUCCUUUGAAGAAGAGGAGGAAAAGAAAGAUGCGUACUGAUGGAGAGGAAGAGAAGGACUGAAGAAGAGGAGGAAGAAAAGGAUGCAGAGUGAAGAAGAAAAAUUGGAAGAGAAGGAUGCAGAGUGAAGAGGAGGAGGAAGAGAAAAAUGCAGAGUGUGAUAUCUUUUUGAGGAGGAGUAGAAGGAUGCAGAGUGAUAUUCUCCGAAAAAUAGGAGAAACAAGGAUGGUGAGAAUGAUAUUCUAGGAAUAAGAGAAGAAGAAGGAUGGAGAGAGUGAUAUCCCUCGAAGAAGAGGAGGAAGAGAAGGAUACAGAGUGUGAUAUCCUCCGAAAGAGAAGAGGAAGAGAAGGAUGCAGAGAAUGAUACUCUCCGAAGAAGAGAAGAAGAAAGAUGGAGAGAGUGAUAUCCCUCGAAGAAGAGGAGGAAGAGAAGGAUGCAGAGUGACGAAGAAGAGGAAGAGAAGGAUGCAGAAUGUGAUACCCAUUCGAAGAAGAGAAAAAAUAGAAGGAUGCAGAGUGAAGAAGAAGAGAAACAGAAGGAUGCAGAGAGUGAUAUCCUCCCAAAAAGAGAAUGAUAUUUCCCGAAGAAGAGGAAGAGAAGGAUGGAGAGAGUGAUAUCCCGCGAAGAAGAGGUGGAAGAGAAGGAUGCAGGGAGACGAAGAGGCUCUGAAAGAUACAGAGUGAUAUCCUUCGAAAAACAGGAGGAAGAGAAGUAUUGAGAGAGCGAAAUCCUCCGAAAAAAGAGGAGGAAGAGAAGGAUGCAAGGAAUGAUAUUCCCCGAAGAAGAGGAGGACAAGAAGGAUGGAGAGGGUGAUAUCCCUUGAAGAAGAGAAAGAAGAGAAGCCUGCAGAGAGUGAUAUUCCGCAAAGAGGAGGAAGAAGAAAAGGAAGCAGAGUGAAGAAGAAGAGGAAGAAAAAGAUGCAAAGAGUGAUAUCCUUCAAAGAAGAGGAGGAAGAGAAGGCUGAAGAGUGAUAGGAAGAGUGAAUAGGAAGAGAAGGAUGCAGAGUAAAGAUGAGGAAGAGAAGGAUGGAGAGAGUGAUAUCCUUCGAAAAAAGAAGAGGAAGACAAGGAUGAAGAGUGAAGAAGAGCAGGAAGAGAAGGAUGGUGAGAGAAGACGAGGAGAAAGAGAUGGAUGCAGAGAGUGAUAUCCUCCGAAAAGAGAAGAAGAUAAGAUGCAGAGUAAUACAUAAUCCGGAUAUGAAGAAGAGAAGGAGGACUCUCAAAAACAAAAAAAUGAUGAAGAAAUGCGACACGAGAAGCGACACGACAAAAGAAUGGGACAGGAAGAGGAUGAAGAAGGGUUUAGACAACGUCAAAAGUAAAUGAGAGGAGAAAGAGAGUAGAAAGAUAGAAAAAUAGAAAGACGAAGAGUAGGAAGACGAAUAGAAGGACGAACUUUAUGCCUAAGGACUCAAAGAAAAGCAAUGAAAAUUCUUUAAGUAUAGAAAAACAAAUUUCUGUUAACUGAAAUCAGUACUUAACCAAAUGGACAGGACUCAUUAAUGUACCACGGCAAAUAUUGAUGCUCACUGGAAAUUUUUCAUGGAUAGAUACUUAAGAGCAGUGCAAGAGUGCGUACCUAUGAAAAAUCGUCGUCCCACUCAAAACGUUAAGCCUAAGUGGUGGAACACUCAGACAGCUGAAUGCUUGCGCGCCAAGAGGGAUGCCCAUAACAAAUUAAAAUCCUUCAGUAAUAACGAGGAACGCAGUAGAUUCCUUGAGUUAAGACGUAAAGCAAAGAGGUUAAUCAAACACACCAAAAGGUUCACCGAGUUACAUGUUGUGAACCAGAGAAAAAUGUAACUCUAUUAAUUUUAUAGCUUUAUCAGGCAAUUGGGAGUGAUUACUUCAACUAUUGGACCAUUAAUUGACGAUAAUGGAGAUUACACCAACGACGAGGAGCAAAUUAGUAACAUU